UUUAAUCGGAGAUGCGGAGAUCGCGCGCAUUUCGCGUCGAGCUCUCGAUAUUCGCGGUUAAGUAUUGCAAGUCUCUUGCACUUGCUUACGCGAAUUUAAUGUCAAAGUUAAUCGAACGUCGCAAGGACGCUCGCAAGCAUAAAGCGCUGGCGAGUUGAAUGGACAUUAGAAUUACUAUGAUCUCACAGCAAAACGUCAAUUGAUGCGCAUGAAUGUGAGGAAAUAUAUGAUAGAGAAAGAGAGAGAGAGAGAGAGAGAGAGCAAAAGAGACAGCAAGCGAAGCGAGCGAGAGUGAGAGAGAAGGAGAGGAGCGCAGAUACUCUGUGGAAAGUCUGAAAGCAAAAUUGCAAAGUACGCGUUCGUCACGCAUCGAGUGUUUGUCACGGCUGGCUGGAAAAAGCGCGUCGUUUUCCAGGGAAAAAUGAGAGCGAUGUCUUCAUGCUCGCAGUGAAACUAUAGGAGGAGAAUCUGACACAACACUCGAGAAGAUAGGAAAUGUACGGCGCCGAGAGGGAAGAGGUAUCUGAAAGUUGGUUACAUACGUAUGAUCUGAGCAGUACUAUGAUUCCCAAUAUAAGUACAGCAAUUGACGAUGAGGAGCAUUUCUGCAAACUCAUUUUAUAUAAGGAAAUUAAAGAUUCAAGAGUACGAAUAUGGGAUGUCAUCAUUCUAAUACCAAAUCUCUUGUUCCUUUUAUUCAUCGCAAUGCGAUUUAAUAGAGCAAGGCUUAAGUUACGUGCAACGAGUAGUCCGAUAUUUUUAGCAUUCUACGGUCUCGUUAUUUGUAACGUAGUUAUAUCAGUGAUACGCUGUAUUGUAUCGAUGUCAGUAAAUGCAGCAGCGACGGUCGGUGGCAAAGCCGACAAAGUUUUAUGGGUCACAGUGAGAUUUUUUCUACUAUCCACCGAGAUGAGUGUAGUUAUAUUUGGCUUAGCAUUUGGCCACUUGGACAGCCGUUCUAGUAUUCGUAGAGUGUUGCUCGCUACAUCAUUUAUAGCGCUGGCAUUUACGAUCACUCAAGGCACAUUGGAAUUAGUUUUGCCAGAUGAUACGUUUCAUAUUCCCAGCCGUGAUUUUUACGUGUUUGGUCACGGCGGUAUGAUGUUUUGGUUUUGCAGCAGUCUCGUUUUUACUACGAUAUACCUCUUCAUAUUAAUACUGCCAUGGACACGGUUACGAGACCGCCUAGCACUUCCUACACGAAAAAGCUUUUACAUUUAUGCCGGAACGCUAGCGACAUUGGAUCUAGUGCAAUCAAUUGGCGCAGGCUUUCUAAACUACACGCAAAAUCCAGUGGGGUUAUGCAUUGUAGACUUUACAGCAGCAGUAUAUUUAAGUCUUUUUACUCCUUUGGUUUAUCAUACAUUCCUAUCGGAAUUCUUUGGGGUUUCACAACCUUCGAUAAUGUUCUCUUAUAAAGCGCAAGUGGACGACGCAAUGGACGAAGACACAGUGUCGUUACCACAUCAACAGAGUUUUUCAUCCUUGAAAACCGACAGCGAUUACAUCUAUCAGGUCCAUACUCCUUCUAUUCACAUACCGCUGUAUGAUUCUCAAGCAUUGAAAUUCUCCAAGCAAGGAGCUUCUCUUUAUUCCUUAACAUCAACUAAAGAUCCGAAAAAUAGCGACUCGAGCACCUUCGGUUCACCAAUUAGGUCAUAUCGCUCGGUAACCGGUAUUAGAAGCUUCGAUAGAGAUUUCAGUACGGAAAAGGAUAUUUCAGAAUUGACUGAUCAUCCUUUGAUUAGAUCUGACGUCUUGUCCGUCACCCAAAAGAGUGUGCCGGAUCUAAGAUUUUCCAGCCCGAAUCGGAAAGCCGUUUCUGUAACGCAUGUUAAGUACAGCGGUCCCAGUAGUGUCUCGAAUUUGCUCUUCUCGCCUGAUACCGCUAGUAACUUUCUCUACAAACCGAAAACAAUCGACAGUAACGUUAAUCUGUAUUCUCAAACGAGAAAAAGUAGCUUAGAAGGUGUAUUGGAUGACGAAACUGUAGAUCACGCGGCUAUAGUUGAGAACAUUCCGCAUGGACAUAGUAAUUUUUCGGAAAUACCUCAAGUUCCAGCGCUAGAAAAUAGCUUACAAUCCAUUUUGGAAAGUGGGACGCACAAAAUUGAAAUGGAGGAUUCCCAAGAAUCUCAAUUAAAGAUAAGCGAUGAUUUAGCGCUCCAAGAGAGCGCUGCUACUGUAAACCCAAGCUAUUUAACGACGCGUUCAGACACUGAAUUCUUCAAAAUCUCAAACGAUAUGUUACCUAGUGUAUCCGAUACUUCGAAUAUAACAAAGCAAUUACUUCCUAGAUCGAAUUCUUCUCGUUCGACCAUUGCUCACAGAAAGAACAAAAAUGAUUCCAAGGAAGGAGAUUCGGGUGGUUUAAGUGAUUAUUUGUUAUCUAUAACAUCUCCAAAAUUCGAGAAACACAAAAAGACACAACAAGAUCCUGAUCCCUCUCAAGAUUCAGAUACAAACUGAAUCUUUGUAAAUAGUUUAUCGCUAAAGUGUCACGUUUCUAUACCUGUACAUUGUGGAUAACUCUUUCAAGUUCUGCAUAUUGACUUAUUAAUAAUUUUAUUAAUUACUAAUAAUUCCCUAUAUAAUACGCAUUAUAACGUAAUGAUGAGAUACCAUUUGAGAGCUUUAUUUAGCUGUAAAUAUAUCUUAGCAUGUUUAGAAAAAUAUCUCUCGUAUAUAAAAUUAAAUGUGUUGAUAUAGUCAAUGCACUUGUUUUCAUUUAUUUACACUAACACCGGGUAAUUUCCCUUGGCAACGAUAUUACUGCUUGUUUACAAAUAAAGUCUUGUAAAUAUUUUCAAGUGUUAUUUCGUGUGCAACGCACUAUUUGCACUGUGCUUCAAUAAUGCAAUAGUACGACGCAAUAUUUUGUUAUUACAUAAUGCUUUGAUGCUCAAUUAUCGCAGAAUUUAAUUUAUUGUUGACGUUAUGUUGUUAGCUUCACGGUAAUUUAAUAAAUAGAUUGGUUAACUGAUUGAUUGGAAGUCUUCCUCGGAAUGCAAAGCGGAAUGUUCUUUCUUCU